AAUUUACCCUGGGGACUCGAGUCUUGAAAGCAACGGCUCAGAUCAGCCCACCAGGAAUUACAAUGAAGCCGCACAGAAAAGAAAACCUGGAGAUCAGCCUUCGAGAAAACAUCGAUCUCAGAAACAAAUGAAAUACGAAGCAGGGCAGAGUGACCAGCACGUGCAAUACCAGACAAAACAAGUCGCAUCUUAUGGGUAUCACCAACACCAGCAGCAACAAAUACCCAGCGAUCGCCAAAAAAUUGGUUUCCAGCCGAUCACCAAAGACGCAACUACCGUCCCAGGCGAUGGAAAACCUCGAUUUCCCGAAUCCGAAGUAGAGACAAAGCAACAUAAAAAUGUUCCAGCGGCAACGCAGGAAGAAGUACAACACAAAAUGUACAGUAAACAGCGGCCCCAAGAACAAUUCCGGAAUGUUAUGUCUCCUGCAACUCCGCGUUCUACGGACAACGUGCAAGGCUCCAGGUAGUCUUGUCAGCAACUCCAAUUGCGAGGAAAGCGCACCAAAAAGGCAAGAAAUGCACGCACCAAAACUACCUGCACUGCAAACUCAAGAAAAUCGGGCGUCGAAGGUCAAAUACUUCUCGGAACAUCGGGAGGGUUCGGCUUUUAUGGCGAUCAAAAACUUACUUCCUUCUGUGAAAAAGCUAUCCCUUAACCCAAGCUUCAGAUUGCUGAAGCUUGGCAAGCUCAGACUGCAAAACGAAACCUCCGGCGUCUCUCCCGCAUCCGUGAAGAACUCUGCCAGUUUCAGGUUGUCGGCCGACGACAAAUUGCAGUCGAGCAGCAGCAACAGCUCCAUGAUUUCCGCAAAUCGGGUUUUCCGACCACCGUCCCUUUUUUCAGACUCUCGGGAGCUGUCGGAAGCUGAAUGUGACCGAUACGAAGCGACGAAUUACGGGUCUGAGCAGUCGUACAUUUUGCAUGAAAAUGAGCUGCACAAUGGGAUACCACCAUUGUAUGGUGAGUCUAAGCAUUACGGUUCAGUGAUAAAAGAAAUAAAAUAUGUAGCUGUGACAACAGAUAAACUUCUUGACGCCUCGGUAGAAGAUGACAACUACGGCGUUGUGGCAGCAGAUGGAAAUGUUUCAAAGACGACUGAUAAAAUCUACGGAGCUGUACUGAAAGAUGAAAACUCCCACAGUCUGAUAACAGAUAAAAACUACAUUGCACUGGCCAUGGAUGAAAGCUACGACGGUGCUGGGUCCAUAGCACAGCACCACAAGAAAGUAAGCAAGGUUCAUAAAGAUCUCGUGCCAGAGUUGGAUAGUGGGAGCGGAAGAGUAGAAGAGUUGAUGGUUUUUACAAACAAGAUAUACGAGCAGCGAGACGCAAAUGAGGGGAGUGUUUAUACGGGUUCAUAUCACGGAAUCGACCACGCCAUCGCAUCCGAAUCCGAGAAGAGCACCUACUCAAUCAAUGUUUAAUUAAUUAUCAUCAUUUGCAUGAUGAAUAGUGAGGAUUUUACACCUAUUUGAUUGACAUUUUGGUUCCGAUAUCUUUUCAUUUAUGAAAUGUCUUGUCGAAUUUAGCGAGAAAUAGCUGAUAUCUAUUAUUCAAUGUAUUGAAAUAAAUUGUACAGUAAAUAAUGUUUCAACGAUCUGUGCAGUGUGCAUAUUCCAGCCCAGCUAGCUGUCGAGUUGUACAUUAAUUAUUAAUAUUUGAAAAACGGGAACAAGGACGCCGUCGACGUCGAGUAGAACGGUAAGAAAGCCGGAUAGUUAUAAGCAGCAUACAUGGUGCAAUGAGUUACGGGUUCAAACCUUGUCUACUGGGGAAAAUUUUGCGAUAUCCAUAAUCAGUGACAGGCCACACUUGAGAUAAUCUUCGAUGCGACACCACUGUAGACUCUACAAAUUUUUUGCUGUUAGCCCGUUGGGUAAAAAAUUUAUCAAUAGGGGGUUUAAUUAAAUUAAAGCUGUUGUCGCUUAAAUCAUUGUUGUUGUCGCUUAAAUUAUUUUGUCGCUUAAAUCAUUCUUUUUGCACAACGACACCCUGUGACAAUAAUACAGUGUUAUCUAUUUGAAAAAAUUUUAGAUUAGAAACCAAUUAACGCAGAACAAUAAUAUCAAAGGCCCCAUUUACAGUAUAACAUAAAUAAGGUUGAUAUGGUACGAUUACAAUUGUUAUUAAACCUCAUCACCAUCAAUGCUCAUUCUAUGAUCAUUAUAAAUUAAAAUUCCCAAUGGCUG